UCCGGCGAGCUCGACGGACAUGCUAUGCUUGCUAUGCACUUGCCAUGGCACCUAGACGAGGGCUGCAAGUUCAGUAUCACGUCCGUGCGGGCCGCGACCCGAAGGAGACCUUCGACGCUGCAGCAAGAUAUGCUGCUUUCCACGGCUUCUGCUGCAUAGAAACGGAGGCCCAGGAUGCUGGUCCGGCGCUGGCGGAAGCCCGGGGCAUGGAGGGCUUCUUGAAAGAGCCCCCGGAGAUCGUCAUCGACGGGCUCCUUGGAGAGGACGGCUCUGCGCGUAUCGCUGCGUUGGACGAGUCUGAGGGCGCGCUGAAGCGCCUGGACGGUUUGUUGGGCACCUUCGCCUCCGGCCUUGCGGCCUGCGACUCCGCCGGCGAGGUGGGUGUGCGGGACGCUGAGCGCAGCCCUGUGCUCUUGCACGAGGCCAGCAUGGCAGACCACGAAUACCCAGCCAUCACUGAGGUGGAGGCGGAGGCAUGGUUGCCAAUCUUCCUAAGGCAGCGGUUGAUGCUCAUUCUCUUCCUAGGGCCCGGCCGAGGCACGUUGGAGCUCCAGCCCUAUGAUGAGGAGGGCUGCCCAAUGCGCGUGGCCACGGAGCCCGGGAUGCUGUGCGCGGUCCGCGCCGAUCUCUUGUGGCGGAGGUUCAGCUGCGCUCCCGGAGUUCACAGCUACGCGCUGAGCUGCUUCCUGCUUAGGAGAGAGGGCGCUGCUGCUGGCGACAUUGCGAGGACGCCAGUGGCGGAGCGCUUGGACACCUGGCUGUUGCGGCGCAUUGAGGCGCUGGCUGAGAAGGGCAACGACCCUAGGUGGCAGUACAGCUUGGAUCACAUGUAUCACAAGGAGGAGCAGUACGCGGUGCGGGGCCUUGCCAACAAGAUCAGUGUUAACUGGGACCCGUACUAUUUCACCAACGCGCUGCUCUCCGGCUCCGACUUUGUUACAGAGGUGCCUCACACUCGAUGGGACCACAACACGUACUUCUCCAGCGAGCCUGACUCGUGGAAGAUGAUGAAGGUCUCCUGCUACCACAGCUCCUUCGUGGAUGGCAUGGAGCUCUUCGAUGCCCGGUUUUUCAGGAUUGCGCCGGCUGAAGUAAAGAGUAUGGACCCUAUGCAGAGGCAGAUCCUGGAGGUGGGCUACGCAGCUCUGCACGCUGCUGGGCACAACACCAAAACGCUUCUGCAAUCGCUGACGGCCAUCUUUGUGGGCUCCCCCACCAGUGAGUGGACGAUGAUCGACACUGGCCCGGAGGAGUCCGGCGGAUGCGCACAACGUUCAGCUGGUACAGGAGUUGCGGCCUCGAUCAUGUCCAAUCGCUUCUCCUUCGUGUUCGGAAUGAACGGCCCCAGCGUAACCUUUGAUACGGACGCUUCCACCAGCCUCGUCGUGUUGGACGCCGGUGUCGUGGCGCUGGACGGGCGACGGACACAAGCGACCAUGAGCAGCUGUACCGGGGUCGUAGCAGUGCUGACGCCUUUGACGUGGUUGGGUCGCAUCGCGCUGGGUCAUCUGACCAAGCUGGGGCGGUGUUUCACCUACGACCAGUGUUGCGAUGGGUGGUCCAAGAGCGAGCACGUGGCCUCCUGUGUGGUGGAUAUGCUCACAAACACGGUGGAUGGCCUGCUCGUGGAGGAUGACCGGCCCUACGUUGGGACAGUGGCCGGGGUGGCGGUGACGCACAUGGGCCAGGCCGCGACCCUGGGGACGCCCCAUGGGCCUGCGGUGCAGAAGGCGGUGCUGGACGCCUGCCGCCAGAGCGGGCUGAGCUGUACUUCCGUGGAUGCCAUGGAGUGCAACGGGGACGCUUUGCCCCUCAACGACGCUGUGGAGGUUCAUUCCAUCCGGGCUGCCUUGCAAGCUGGGAUCGACCGCAUCCCGCUGCAAGCCGCCACGGUGAAGAGCGGGGUUGGGAACGGCUUGCAAGCCGCGGCUCUGGCAGGGCUCAUCAAGGUGCUGCUUGGCCAGAGGAAGGGAAUGAUGCACCUAACGCAGCACUUGCAUCAGAUACAUCCGCUGCUGCAGGAUGCACAGGAGCAAAACGUGAUGUUCGCGUCAGAGAACCUGAGCUUCUACACCAGGAGCUCCGUGCACGGCAUCACGGCCAUGGGCUGGGGCGGCACCCUGGGCUGCGUGAUGUGCACCGGGAGCACUGCCGAGUACUACAGGCCUGUGAGCAGCAGGACCUCCCCGCUGAUGCUCUGGCUUGGCGGCGGAGGUUCCGCUCCCACGCCGCAGAAGGCGUACUACCUGGUGGGGUCCUGGAACCGCUGGGGUGAGGGCAUCGCCAUGGAGGAGGAGGCCUUCGGGAUUUAUGUGGCCACCCUAGAGAUGAGGCAAAGCCUGGAGGAGUUCUGCAUCUCUGUGGACGGAAAGGCGGUUUUACAGCCAGACCCCCACUGGACCCAGUCCGGCUCCAGGGCCUUCUACCACGAGCAGCCAGGAAAGUCCGGGAAAGGCUGGAGCAUCCAAGCUGAGGCGGGCAGCCAGUUUCAAGUGCGGCUGCUGGUCUCUGGCAAGUGGCAGGUGGUCACUUGGGAGAGGACAAAAGGUCAGCACGCAAUUCAACAGAGCUAGCUGAAUUGCGUCGAGCUGGUUGCGUUGAAUCCCCCGCAACUGCGCAGCGAAUUGCUUUCGGCU